AUGACGGCAGGCAAUCCUCUCCUGCUGACUCGUUCCGAAGCCGCGGGGCAACCCAGAGCGGGACAAGUUGGCCGGUACUACGCGGCAACCUAUGUCAUACUGGACGCCGUCAACCGUGCCCGAGACGCCGCGACCGUUGCUCAAGCCGAAGAAUCACCUCCCGGAGAACGUGCUCAAGAGGCCGGCCUUCACAUCGGUAGGAGGGGAAAAGGAUGCACGGGUGGAGGUGCGGGUGGUGUUGGUGGUGGCGGGCUCGGGGUGGUGAUGAUCGCGAGCGAUGACGAAUCGCUUAGCAACACUGGGGGUCUGGUCGGCCGCGAAAGGGUGGAACGGCGAAAGCACAAGAAAGGGAAGCCGUGGACACAGCGUGCGCCGAAGGAGCAAUCUACGCAGCAACAAGAACAGGAGCAAGAAGUGGGGAAGCAGCAGCAGAGGCUGGAGCAGCUAGAGAGAGACCAAGCGUACAAGCGGGCAGACCCAGACACGGGAGGGCUGCUGGAGGGGGCGGAUAGCCUGUUAGACCUUGGAGAGGAAGUUGACGAGGAGACUUUAAGUCCGAAGAAUACUCUCGACGACGAGGAGAACCUUUCGGAUGAAUACGGCGAGAGCUUCGAAGAGUAUGAAGAAGAUGGCCAGGCCGACACCACUUCACCGGAAAUUGGUACCCCGCAGCUACAAGAGGACCAUGGCAGUAGUGAAGCUCAGCGGUUUCAAGGACAGGACGGACAGUCGUCCGGCAGUCAUGAGCAAUUACGUGCGACGCAACUAGAUAAAGAAGCGGAGGAAGCUAGGGGAUUGCGAGAAGCCGAGCAGCUCAAAGCGCGGGAAGCAGACGAAGCCCACGAGCGACGACUACGACAGGAGGAAGAGGAACACAAAACGGAGAAAGAAAGCCGGCGACUGCGACAAGCUAAGGAGCAGCUAGUGCGGGAGAAAGAAGCGGAGGAUGCACAUCUAAAGGACGAGGAAAGUAGACGAAAACGUGAAGAAGAACAACACAGAGAGCGGAAAGCAGACGAAGCACACGAACAACGAAUUCGGAAGGAGAAGGAAGAGGAGGAGGACCGCAUGCGAAGGCAAGAAGCCGAGAAGCAAAGAGUGCUGGAAGAAGAGGCGGAGGAGGUUCGUCGAAAGGAGGAGGAAGGUCGACGACUACGGGAAGCAGAGGCAGAAGAGGCACGUCUGAAGGAUGAGGAGAGUAAGCGAUUGCGAGAAAUGGACCAGCAGCGAGAGCGGCAAGAAGCAGAAGCGUAUGAGCAACGCUUGCAAGAGGAAGACGCGCAGCCGGUGUUCGAGGCGGGGCAACUGAAAAACGGAGAAGAAGGCGAGUCAGGAACGGACAAGCUCCAACACCACGCGAACGGUAACCUCGGACCCAGAGGGCAUGAGCGGGAAGAUGUGCGCAUGCCUGCCCGUAUCGGCGACUACGACGUGGACAGUCUUCUAGGGGACGGGGCGUACGGCUGGGUGUACAAGUGCUACCGCCGUCGCCGGUCUAGUAGCUCGAUAACAGGAGGUUCUGUGCGGCGAAACACCGAAACCAACGACGACUACGAUGACGUCACGGCAGUGGUGGCGAUCAAACAGUUCAAAGGUCUCACUGACAUGGAGGACGAGCACACCAGGAACUACGUCCGACUCACCCAGAAGAGGGAGGCAGACCUCGCCCUCUCCCUGAUCCACCCCAACAUUGUGCGCUGCCUGGGCACAAUCAACGCGGGGGGUGCAGGCAUUGCCAGUGGUGAUGGCGGUGUUGGUAGGGAAGGAGUCGCGUUCUUGAUAUUCGAGCACGUGCCCGGUACGUUGCUUGACCUUAUUCAGGAACACCCGGGCGGGCUAUCUCUUCGCGAGACCACGAAUCUCCUCGGACAGCUAUUAUCGGCUGUGGGUUUCCUGCACCAGCAUGGCGUCGUUCACCGGGACGUUAAGCCGGAGAACAUCCUGGUAGACAAAAAGAAGACCACGGGAGGGGUAUCGACACUGAAAGGCAGACCACACGACGAGCGAUGGACGGAGUACGUGGGCAGCCGCUGGUACCGUGCGCCCGAGAUGCUGGCCGGCUCUACUCACUACGGCGCGGAGGUCGACGUUUGGGCUUGCGCCUGCCUGGCCGCUGAGAUGAGCUCUGGAAGACCUCUCUUCCCCGGAGAAGACGAAGGAGAGCUAGCCGCUUCAAUGGCCGCGCUGCUCGGACCGCUGCCCCUCGACCUAGCGUCACGUCUCCGUGAGAUGGGGUACACCCCGCCGCCUCCCCGCGGUAGCCCGACUCGUUCCAUAGAGGCGUGCCUGGACGGGAGCACGGGGACUCACGAAGCUAGGCGCAGCAACCCAAGAGGGUCUUGUGUCGGAGGGUCGGGCUUCGACGCUGACACACUCGGUAUUGCUUCUGCCGGAGUUGGCGAGAGUGAAGAGCAAUGUCAGCAGUACCGCGGGGUGUUAGAACUGCUGGGAGGGAUGCUGGUGUUCGACCCAGCAAGUCGAUUAUCUGCGCAAGAAUGCCUCCUUCGCGCUAGCGUUUUCGGCAGCGGCAGUGCUGAUGCUGAUGCGCUUUUAGCUGGAAGAAAGCCUUCCGCUGGUGACCUGGGUGACGUCGAAACGAGGCGCGCAUCAACUACCCGAAGUUCUAGAGGGUCUUCCUCUGCGGCCACCAAAACCUACGGGUCUACAGCUACAGCAGGAGCGGUCGUUGGUGAGGAUGACGGAUCUAGCCUCAUCAAUGAUUCCAAGAUUCCGAUCGGGGUCAGCGACAAUUGCGUAGACGCUGAAUCAAUUUCGAACCUCGAUGAUGGCAAUGAGCCUAUGGCACUGACGGGCGCCGUGGAAGGCGCCGAUGAUGAUGCCUACGACGACGAAGAUUACCACGAGGAUGAUGACGAACACCAAGAAGAUCAGACCAUUUCGGCUACCUCCGAGGCGGUCUCGGCCGGAAAUGAUUGUCGUGAACCGGCGGACAUUGUAGCUGGUCCAUUCAAGGUCGGUAAAGGAUUGGCCACAAGCAGCAAAUCACCAGUCCAGUUCGAGGCACCGGUACCGCCACCGCAGGAGACGACCUACCUUGGAGAAGAGGGAUACGUUCAAAAGAGGGUAGCAGAGAUCGAGGAGAAAGUGGUAUACUACAACCCCGGGAACAAAACGAACGGGGCAAAGGGCCAAGCACCCACGGAGAUGAUGGAGGAAGACAGCGUGAGGACGAUUGCGACUACUGAGGCUGCCGGCGAAGCAACUCUUGAUGGAACUGACGCCUCCUCAGGCAGUGGUGAGGGUGAUGGUGGUCCGACCGAACUGAGUCAAAGGAGCGCAGAAGGUGCGCCCGCUGCGGGUACGAGUUCCGCUAGUGGCGGCGAAACGAAGACUAUUUCAGAUCCAAGUACAGCGUUGGACUUCAUUAUAGCUGAAUCCGCGACCAUAGAGGGCAAAACAACCCCGCAAGUGCCCGACGGCGUGGUGGAUACCGCUCGUGCUGAUGAACCAUGCAACGAGGAUGGCGAGACAAAGAGCUGCGUGGACCGAGGAGGGAGCCAGAAGAAGGAGAAUGAGUCGGACAACAGCGACGAUGGGUACUUCCUCGCAGACAAUGGGCUCGAGGAAAGUGCCAAGGGUGACAACAAGGGCAACGAGCGGAAGAGCGUGACGUUAUUCGGUGACGAAGACUACGGCAGCGAUAGCUUCGACGAGGGCGAGCAACACGAGGAAGACCAAGGAGGCCCGCUGACCGCCCUUGGGGGGCGCACCUCGUUCUUUCCUAAUCCCCCGGAGCUUUCCGCAGCGGAGGACACGGUUUUGGAGGCGGAACGGUCUGAAAUCACACCAAGUGUCAACGACAACACCGCUGGCGCUUCUUUGGACGAAACGGAGGAAGCGUCACUGCAAAACGCGGCGGCACGAGCGUUGGAUAUCGAGGAUACCGCCGACGCCACCGCCUCUAACAGCAAACCAGACGCCGGCGUAGACGACGAAGGGAAAACGGAAGAAGUCACCAAGGGCGUGGAAGAGGAUGAGGCCGAGAAUGGUGACGGUUGGCGGGUGGCCGGGGCCUUCCGUGUCCUUUCGGCUUCUGGACCUUGGGGGGAGAUGGCGGUGAAUGCCGUGAAGGGGUUGCUGAGGCAGCCGCGGGACCAGCAACACCAACAGCAGCAGCGCCAAGGAGGUAGCACGACACCUGUCUCUGGCGUUGGCUACGAGGACAAUGAAAAGGUGGCCGCGCUGUUCCAGAAAGCUCUAGUAGCGAGGGGGGAAACGGGAGGACACGUCCGCCGGUCGAUGGAGCGCGCUUUCGCAUCGGCUUCAACCUCUGAAGAACCCAACACCGCGACAGAGACCGGCGACAACGCUGCUGUGUCGGCGCCAAACGGUGUUGGGAAAGCGCUGGAGGCGUUCGCCGCUGCCGCUGUGGCGGCGGAGGGAGAAGGCCUGGCAGUACCACGGUUAGCGCGACUGACGGCUGGCCUCGCACGUUGCGUUGAUGGGGAGCUUCAGGAAGCAACACAAAUCUGCCAGGCUUGGGCCGCCCACGCAAGGCAGGGGAAGCGCCCCGCCCACGCAGGCGAUCCCCUGCUUCAGUGCGCCGAGCACCUCAACAGCAGUUCUCCCAUCCGGCAAACGAAAAUCAACACCGUCGGCGGCGACGGUGGCGGAGACAGUGGUGUCCGUGGAGCGGUGGACGGGGUUGGAGGAGUUUGCGCCCAUUUCCUAGCGGCGCUAAGUGAAGCAGCCAAUCGAAGGAGAUCUUCCGCCACGGCCGACAUCGUCCACGCCUCUUCAACGCUAGAAACCCUGUCGAGGGUGGUAUGCUCGCUGGCCCCGUUCAUUCUUGACGCUGACCGCCCCAAGGUCGAAAGGGACGAGAAUCUGAUAUCGGUGGCAACAUCACUAGGCCUCGACGAAGGCCUGGCGAGGAAAGCACUGCGGCCACAAUUGCUUGCGUCCUCGUGUUUCUUGUCGCCCGCGGGUCAGGCCGUCCUGCUGAAGGCAGCGUUAACCCAGCGAGGAGAGCGACGAAUCAACCUCGUGACUACUCGCGAGGAGGCUCUGGAGCAGAUCCAGGGGGCCUUGGAACGAGACCUCCCGCCGCCGGAUCGUGACGGACAAGGUGACGUUGGGGGCAGCAGUACGAUCGCCUCCGGCGUUGCGCCGCCCGCUGAGGCGUUGAUUCUUAACCCCUAUUACCUAUCCUCGUGGGGGAAGAAGAAGAUUCUCGGGCAGUGCGUCGAGGAGGGCGAAGGGCUCGGGCCUCGCAAGGAACUCUUCGAGCUGGCGGCGCGGCAGCUCAGCGAGCGAUGGCGGUCCCCACCGACGGGUUUACUCUCGUCCCCGGUGAAAGCAACCGCUCGAGGAAGAACGGCUGAGGUGGACCUCGUGAUUAGUCUCUCCGCCUCGGAUGCGCCGGAGAAGGUCUUCUAUUCGCGCGUGAAGGCCGGCUGGAGAAUUAAGGUCGGGAGUCAGACGAGGAUCCUCGCAAGCGUCAAGGUCGAAGAAGGCAUUGGCGGGGACGACUGCAGCAGGUGGGGGUUGUCGUUGUAA